GUGUGUGUGUGCGCGCGCGCGUGCGUGCGUGUGCGCAGGAGUGCUGUAUGAGGAGAAAGGAGAGAGGAAAAGCCCUCAGGUCUGCAAGUCCGUGUGGGACUACAUCGACCGACUCAACAAGAAAACACCCGUCUUCUACAACUACAUGUUCUCUCCUGAAGACGAGGAGGUUCUGAGGCCGUACACCUUCAACUCCAACCUGAAGGUGUGGGACUUCUACAUGGAGGAGACUCUGUCAGAGGGGCCGUCCUACGACUGGGAGCUGAGGGGCCGGCAGGAGCGCGCGGCGGAGGAGGCGCCCGAGAAAGCCGACAGCAGCGGCCCCAAGUCGCAGCGCCACAUCGUGUGGCCGUGCUACGACAGCCUGAGCAAGGCGGUGCCCGACGCCAUCACCAAGCUGCUCCAGGACCUGCAGAGUCUGGAGGCGGAGCUUGGCCAGACGUCCGAGAAGUGGAAGGACACGUGGGAUAAAAUGAAGGCCGCACAGAGAACUGAGGCCAAACUGGAAAGCAAGGUGAGACCAACGGUUUCAUUUUCACGGGAAAUACAGUCGACAUUCUGCAGUGUUGUAUUCACGAGAGCAACUCUACAAACAAUGCUGAGGUCUUUGACCUCCACAAAUACAUUCUCAGCCUGUCGGAAACACUGCACUCUAUUGUAGGACUUUCACAGACAAAUUCUCAUUCAUUAUUGUGUAAAUAUUGCUCACAUAUACGUCCACAUGCUGUAUGUUUCUUAAGCAUUUUAGUAUUUACACUAUUUGAGUUAUUGACAAUAAGAAAAAUGUAAUUUCCCGCAAAUUGUCUCUAAAGCACUUCAAAUGCUGCACAGAUGACUUCAAAAACAUGGAUCCAACUUUUACAAUAAAUUUGAUCUCACGAAAAAACUAUUUAUUUCUAGACCAAAUUAAAAACACAUUAAUCAAAUCAUGUCACGAAUCUUGUGGUGAAAAAGCAGAAGGCAGAAAUUAGAGGAUCCUACUUUGGUGUUUGUAUGUGUUAGACCUGUUUUGUCCUUUUCCGGA